AUGCAGAAGAGGGAAGCCGGCAGGUCGCCCGGCUCCUCCACCACGCCCGCCAAGCGCGGACGCCCGUUCGGAAGCACGGCGGCCGCUGCUGCCGCCGCCGCUGCUGCUGCUGCCGCCGCUGCCGCCAGCUCCGCUUCCUUCGCUGCCGCAGGCGAUGCUAAUUCUCCGGCGUCACUCCUUGGUCCUUCUCUCCACGUCCCGAACUCCUUCGCCGAUCAAAACAAUAAAAGAAUUGUCUUGGCGUUGCAAAGUGGCUUGAAGAGUGAGCUGACAUGGGCAUUGAACACACUUACCCUGCUUUCUUUUAAAGAAAAAGAUGAUCUACGAAGGGACUCAACAGCGCUCGCUAAGAUACCUGGACUGCUGGAUGCUCUCCUUCAAGUUGUUGAUGAUUGGCGUGACAUUGCUUUUCCUCGAGACUAUACAAAGCUUGCACGAGUGAGAACAUUGGGUGUAAAUUCAGUGGUUACAGGUUUUGGAAACGAGUUUGAAGCGACGAGCAGUCUUGAUACCACUUCCCAUCCUGGUCAUAAAAGUUCAUCUAAUAUGGAGGCAUCUAGUGGGAAAAAACAUCGGUCAAUGGACUGGUGGUUUGAAGAUGAUGGCUUGUUUAACGUGGAUGAAGAAGGUCGGGCAGAAAAGCAACAGUGUGCCGUUGCUGCUUCUAACAUCAUUAGGAACUUCUCUUUCAUGCCUGAUAAUGAAACAAUCAUGGCACAGCACAGGCAUUGCUUGGAGACAAUGUUCCAAUGCAUAGAGGAUCAGAACACUGAAGAUGAGGAGCUUGUGACCAAUGCACUGGAGACGGUUGUCAAUUUAGCUCUGCUUUUGGACCUUCGUAUAUUUAGCUCGUCUAAGCCAUCAUUUAUCGCAAUGACUGAGAAACGUGCAGUUCAAGCCAUCAUGGGGAUGCUUGGAUCUUCGGUCAAGGCUUGGCAUUGUGCAGCUGCUGAAUUGCUUGGACGCCUCAUAAUAAAUCCUGAUAACGAGCCGUUUCUUCUUCCUUCAGCUCCAGAGAUGUACAAGAGACUAGUCGAUCUUCUUAGCCUGCCAACCGUCGAUGCGCAAGCAGCUGCCAUCGGGGCACUCUACAAUCUUGCAGAGGUGAAUGCAGAUUGCAAAGUGAGGCUUGCAAGCGAGAGAUGGGCCAUCGACAGACUCUUCAAAGUGGUGAAGACUCCGCAUCCUGUGCCUGACAUUUGUAGAAAAGCUGCGAUGAUACUGGAAAGCUUAGUGUCCGAGCCGCAAAACCGGCAUGUGCUUCUGGCACACGAGAGCAGCUUUGCGGAGAUCCUUAUGUCAGAUGGGAGGCACUCCGAUACGUUUGCACGAAUACUGUACGAGCUUACAUCAAGACCCAACAGCAAAGUUAGUACGACUCGUGGUGUAUGGGGGAUGUGAGAACAUUAUGUAUGAUUUACGUCUUUGCUACCUAGAGGUUUCGUAGCUACAUAGUAGUAGGAGAAUUAUAGUGGGUUAGUGUGGGCCACAUGUUUCUCCUUCUUCAUGAGCAGAAUUUGCAAGUAAAUAUGGGUGAUUUUUUUGAAA